UUUCUAUACCAAUCUGAUGUGGAUGAGAAUACCUCAUCCAUAUCAGCUAAGAGAAAAAGGUUUACUGAACCUGGAGAAAAGCUUAGUCAAGAAAAGGCGUUGUCUUGCAUUCCACCGCCUACAGACCUUAAAAUAUUAUUUGACCAAAUGAAAUUAUAUUUGAAUCUCAAUAAAUUCAUUCGUUUAUUAUCUUUGCAAGAUGUCAAGUUGGAGUGGAAGCAAUAUUAG